AUGGAUCCUUUAAUCGUCCAUGAGCUCGCAAAGCUCGACCCUGCGGUACCGUUCCGCUCAUCGUCCGACCACCUCCAUCACACAUGGGCCAAGACUUUCUUUUCCCGCCCGGAGUUGUACAUUCGUCCACAAACAAUCCCAGAGAUCCAGCAACUGGUCACCCUCGCCCGGCGUUGUCGUCGACGACUGGUAACAGUUGGCAGCGGCCACUCUCCCUCCGACAUCACUUGCACCUCGUCCUGGCUCGUCAACCUCGACAACUUCAAUCGCAUUCUCAAUGUCGACCCGAACACCGGUUCCGUAACCGUCGAAGCAGGAAUUCGAUUGAGAGACCUGGGCAGUCAGCUGGAACAACAUGGAUUGACGCUCCCGAACCUCGGCAGUAUCGAUAGUCAGUCCAUUGCCGGCGUCAUCGCUACAGGAACACAUGGCUCUUCCCUCCGACACGGCCUGCUAUCCGAAUGUAUUGAAUCGCUGGGCCUCGUUCUCGCCAAUGGCCAGCUCGUCCGCUGCAGCCCAACCAAUAAUCCCGAUCUCUUCCGCGCCGGUCUGGUCUCCCUCGGAGCCCUCGGAAUCGUCGUCGAAGUCACAUUCAAGGCAACGCAGUCAUUCAAUAUCGCCUGGCGCCAGGAACGGUAUACGCUCGGUCGCGUUCUGAGCGAAUGGUCGACCGGUCUGUGGACUGCGCAUGAGUUCGUCCGCGUCUGGUGGCUGCCAUAUGAGCAGGGCGCUAUCGUCUGGCGGGCUGAUAAAACAGACCUGCCCCUGCGCGCUCCUCCCAAAAACUUCUACGGCGACUCUCUCGGCUACCACAUCUACCACAACCUCCUCGCACUGUCAUCAUACGUUCCACGCAUCCUACCGUGGGUAGAAUGGUUCGUCUUCGGCAUGCAAUAUGGGUUCCGCGCCGGGUCAACCGUCACCGAAGCCGUCGAGCCGGCGCGUACCGGCCUGUUGAUGAACUGCCUGUACUCACAGUUCGUCAACGAGUGGGCGCUUCCCCUCGAGAAAGGCCCCGAGGCCAUCAGCCGGCUUUCCGCAUGGCUAAACGGCGACUCGAAGACUGGCAUCCCCUUCUCAUCCAAGGGACUGUGGGUCCACUGUCCCGUGGAGGUGCGUGUGUCUGACACUUCGCUAAACAAGAACCCCCGCCCGUUUCUCGACCCAACCUGCCCUGACGGCCCAACGCUCUACCUCAACGCAACGCUCUACCGUCCCUACCUCCGCGACCCCCCUUGCAAACGACGAUACUAUGAAGCCUUCGAAUGGCUGAUGCGGGACAUGGGCGCCAAACCGCACUGGGCAAAGAACUUCAACGCAUUGGGCUCCUACGAGUUGGCGGGCGCUUACAAGGACGACAUGGACUCGUGGAUGAAAAUCCGCGACGAAGUCGACCCGGACGGCAUGUUUCUGGGCGAAUGGCACCGCCGCAAUCUACCCCUGGCUGUAGAAUCCCAGCUUCCCCUCCUAGAGCGCGAACAGGCCCGUCGUAGGCUGGGGACUAGUGGCGUCGGCGAUGGCGUCGAAUGGGUAGGCGAUCGCCGAUGGCACGCUCAACCCCAGCACCCCUCUCCUUCGCUGAACGUGAACGUGAAGACGGCUUACGCAUUACCGCCAGACGACUCGCCUAGUCCGCCUGGUACGACUGCUAGUGAGGAGAGCUUUGAUUUGCUGGCCCGGGGUGAAGCGAGCAUCUUGCUCCCCGAUGGGCGAGAGUAA